CCGGGCCCUUGUAGGUAGGGUAGCACUCGCAUCGUACAAAGUGGGGUAGACGAUAGUUCAGCUACCGAGACAGAGUUACCCACCAGAGCUACGUGGACACUGGAACCUGGCCGCACCUCGUGUGAUACCGUGCAAGCGCCUUGAGCAGCAGACCACUUUCUCUCUUUCCAGUAUUCAAGGAGCAAGCUGGCCUGGAGCUUCUGCGGGCCUCGACGUUGACUGGCAUGCCCAUCCUUCUAUUCCUUGGCUGAGCCGAAGAAGAUCAUCCUGCCUGCUUGACUUUUCUCCGAUUCUAAUCAUUCGUUCAGGGCAUCCAGUUCAGUUGCUGUUCACUUCCCCCACGCGCGGGGUCGCCUUCCACCCUUUUACCUUACUCACGACCACCGAGCCUUUGGACAAUCGCAAAGCCUGCCCGACUAAGUUUACCCCCAAGUCAGCCAGCUAUGGACGGCUUUGGCGACAGCGACAAGUGCGCCUCGGGCUCGACCUCCUCACUGUCAGCAGGAUCCAGCUGCCAGGACUCCCAAGGCAGUUACUCUCUCUACGCCACCUUCACGACCAUAGCCGCCAUGCCUUUACUCUACUUCUUUAUUGUACCAUGGUUUUGGCGGGCAAUAGGAUCGGCUUUGGGAUGGUACCUCAAGCGCAAAACCGAAGGCCGUCGGGCUCAGCUGCUCGAGAUAAUGAACGAGGACGAGCGUCGAUUCGCGGAGAGUGGACAGGAGAGGAAAAAGAGUGUCACGGAUGAGGAAUGGGAGAGUAUUGAAACGCCUGCGGGCAGCGCCGACAAUGGUGGCAAGGCUGCGCAAGAAUGGGAUGGAAUCGUAGGGUUCUUUCACCCUUUCUGCAAUGCUGGAGGAGGUGGUGAACGUGUCCUGUGGGCUGCCAUCCGAGCGACGCAGCAGAAGUGGCCGAAGGCCAAGUGUAUAGUCUACACUGGCGAUCACGAGGUCAACAAGGAGGCUAUACUUUCUAGGGUCGAGAGCCGAUUCAAUAUCAUGCUUCACCCGCCGACAGUACAGUUCCUGUAUCUCUCGACUAGGCAUUGGGUCCUCGCAUCGACCUGGCCUCACUUCACUCUCGCCGGACAGUCACUUGGCUCGAUAAUCAUAGCGUGGGAUGCCUUCUCUCUGCUUACGCCGGACAUCUUCGUUGACACCAUGGGUUACGCGUUUGCUCUGGGUCUUUGCAGAUGGCUCUUCCAUACCAUGCCCACGGGCGCUUAUGUGCAUUACCCAACCAUCUCGACCGAUAUGCUUGAUUCUUUGAAUCCUCACUCCGCCGUAGGCUCUCAAGGAGUCAAUGCUGGCCAGGGCGUUGGAGCUCGUGGUAGAGCAAAGAAGUUGUACUGGGAGCUGUUCGCGAAAAUAUACUGUCGGAUGGGGGCUACGAUUGACGUUGUGAUGACCAACUCGACCUGGACUCAAAACCACGUACAGAAGCUUUGGGGGCCACUCCGUAACACGAGGAGAAAUGGUAGGCCCAAUAACGCUGUAGCUGUGGUUUAUCCACCAGUUGCUGUCCGCGAGCUCGAGCAAGAAGUAGAGGUGUCCGUAGACAGUGAGAGCAGACGCGAGAAGGCACUGGUUUAUAUUGCACAGUUCAGGCCUGAGAAGAACCAUCAGCUCAUUAUUCAGGCGUUCGCCGAGUUCGUCAAGAGCGGCUCGGAUGUUGCCAAAGGUGCCACCUUGGUUCUGAUUGGCAGUGUGCGGGACGACAGCGACUCCAAGCGUGUGUACCAGCUGCGCUUGUUGGUCAACGAAUUGCACAUCAAGGAUCGGGUCGAGUUCCAUCUUGACGCUCCUUGGCCUCGAAUCCUCGAGUGGCUUCGCAAGGCAUCAGUCGGAGUCAACGGCAUGUGGAACGAGCAUUUUGGUAUUGGUGUUGUCGAGUAUCAGGCUGCUGGACUCAUCUCUGUUGUGCAUGACAGUGGCGGACCCAAGCUAGACAUCGUCACCGAAAUCGACGGAGAACCUACAGGUUUCCAUGCCACAACGUCCACAGAGUUCGCUGAGGGCUUCCGGAAGGCUCUGUCCCAUCCUAACCCCCUUGCCAUAAGGCAGCGCGCCCGAAAGUCUGCCAAACGAUUUACGGAAGAGGAGUUUGCGAAGAAGUGGGUUGACCAAAUGGAGAAACUGGUUGCACUGUGUUGAGAUUUGGGUGCGAUCUCUCAUACAUUCCUUAUAUUUCCCCUACUUCAUUCACACACCUGAGCAUUCCAUCUGAGCUGUGGCAUGAGUAUUUUUCAUGAUUCUGUGCUAGGAAUUGAUAAAUAAGCAACAAGACACCGAUACCCUUUUUCACAAAGUCUAGAUUAUAGAGGCAGAGUUUAACCUUUUGUUCUGAUUGGAGUUGUUUGCCCAAAUCCUGCUUUUUGUCAUGCCAACAUACGCUGGUUUUUGUUACCAAAUGUUGUGUGAGCAUUGUUGCAUAG